UCGUGUUGGCCGCCGGCGCCAUUUUGUGCAGCGCGGGCCCGGGUGAAGAUGCUGUCGAACGCGCAGCUGCUGGAUGAGCUGAUGGGCCGGGACCGCAACCUGGCCCCGGACGAGAAGCGACAGAAUGUUCGCUGGGAUGAUGAGAGCGUAUGUAAAUAUUUCUUGUGUGGAUUCUGUCCAGCCGAGUUAUUCACUAAUACACGCUCUGAUCUGGGUCCCUGUGAAAAGAUUCACGAUGACAACCUGCGGAAAUAUUAUGAGAAGAGCUCUCGUUUUAUGAAAGUGGGCUAUGAGAAAGAUUUCCUGCGUUACCUGCAAAAUCUGAUGGCUGAUGUGGAGCGGCGGAUCCGUCGAGGUCACGCUCGGUUGGCACUGUCCCAGAACACGACAACAGGAACGGCGACUGGGGGGCCUGUGAGUAAGAACGAAGAGAAAGGUCAGGUUCUAACAGAGAAAAUUGAAGAACUCCUGGAACAGAUUGAGGAACUGGGUUCUGAGGGGAAGGUGGAAGAGGCCCAGGGAAUGAUGAAACUUGUCGAACAACUGAAAGAUGAGCGAGAGCAGCUGCGAUCUGCCAGCUCGACCAUUGAGAGCUUUGCGGCCCAGGAGAAGCAGAUGGAGGUGUGUGAAGUAUGCGGUGCCUUCCUCAUUGUGGGAGAUGCACAGUCCAGGGUUGAUGACCACUUAAUGGGGAAGCAGCACAUGGGAUACGCGAAGAUCAAAGCAACAGUGGAGGAACUGAAGGAGAAGGUUCGGAAGAAGACCGAAGAGCCAGAACGUGAUGACAAAUUAAAACGUGAAAGAGAAGAAAGGGAGCUGGAACGAGAGCGAGAGCGGGAGGAGCGAGAGAAGAAACGGCGGCGGGAAGAGGAAGAGAAGGAGCGGGAGCGAGAGGCGCGGCGGAGGAGGAGCCACUCGCGGAGCCGGCAUUCCCAUUCCAGUCGGACGUCCGACAGGAGGCGAAGCAGGUCGCGAGAGCGCAGGCGGUCACGCAGUAAGGAACGGGAAAAGAAACGGAGCAGGGGUGAGGAUUGCCGAAGCAGAGACCGGUCUGAGAGGAGCAGGGACCGAUUGGAAAGGAAACACAGGUCCCGGAGUCGAGAUCAGCGCAGGUCACGAAGUCGGGAUGUCAGGUCACACAAGCACAGAAGCAGGAGCAGGGAAAAAGAGAGGAGGUCAAAGGACAAAGAAAGGAGAGACUCUGAUGAAAUGAUGAAAAGCAGUCGGAAGCCCAGUCAGACAGACAGAGUGAGUGCAGAGGCUCGGGCAGAUCCCAUGGAGGUGGACACCACUAAAAGCGAGGUCAAUGGGAGAGACGAAGACCUAAAAUCUGAAGGUGACACUCAGUCCAAUUAAAACUGAUCUGAUUUGACCUCAGAUCAGACCAAGGUUAGAGCUGUAGCCAGUCGUUAGCAGAAACCCCAGAAGACAAGUGCUCUCUGUAGGGCAGUAGGAAGUCUUCAAGAGGUACUUUCCUUUUGCCUUUUUCUUAAAAAGAAAAUAAAUGGCUGUGUAUGUAAUGGUGAGCAAGUUUGUGCAUUCAUUUACACUGAUACUAAUUGCAUGUUGUCGAAUGUUUAAUUUCUAUAGGCAUGGCCAUUUUGAAGAUGUCAAGGAAUCCCAGUGAAGAUUUGACUGCCCAACCUGAAGUCUCUGCCCAGUUAAAACAAGGUGAAAGAAAACAGUAGUGGUGUAGGGAGAGGGAGAGAGAGAGUGAGAGGAAUUGUAAUUUUUAAGCAAAAAAAAAAAUACAAAUUCAUUUCAGGACUUUUAUGUAUGAUUAGCUGCCCAGAGGAGUUCCCAUUUCUUGUGCUUGCAAUACUCUUUUUCACUAACAGUGAACUCGAGUCCUGUUUUUUUCACAAGUGUGUCAGACUAAAGUGAGCAGUGCCCGAACCAUGUGACCUGCAAAUGUGUACCCGAAGGUUUUCCUUGACGUUUAAAUUUCGUAGCAAACUGCUAUCUGUAAAUACACAGGCCGCUAAGUUGUAUAGAGCUGUUUUGAUUAAGAGGCUGAUUUUUACCAUUGCUCCUGUGGCCACAAUCUUUUUUUUUUUGGUUUUUGUAGUGCUAGGCUGCCUGCCUCUUUCUUGGUUUCCCAUCCAGCCGCGAGGACAAGUGUUGAGAAUUUUUCCCUGCCCUGCUGUUCCUGUAUUUUGAAAAUGGUUGCUGUAAUUUGCAAAUUUUAGUGUUGAGUAUGAAUAAAUCUUUUUUUCAGUAAA